CGAUGACACAUUGUACCACCCAAGUCUAAGACUUUCCUACAGGUACAUCUAUCUAAUCAUGGGUGCUGUUGUGAUUUUCCAAAACCCAAUGCCAUUAUCACUAUAGAGUACAGUUAUCUCAUUCUUAAAAAAUUAUAGAGACAAAUUCGACGCUUCCUCAGUUUCAACCCCAUGGUCAACAAGGACUCAUUAACGAAGCGUUAUAGACUACGGAGUACCUCUUCUUUAGUUUCUUCUAGACGACGGAAAAAAUUCUUUAUCUGGUUUCUCAUCAAAAACCCUUGUCAUACCCUCCCUAUGCACGAUCUUCCUCUGAAACGACCUACCUACAGAGGAAGGUCGAGAAACACAACACCGCACUUCCCAUCGUUUGUGCGAUCAGAGCAUAAACUGAAUAUCGCAUGGCUACCGGUUCGCUGCAAUUCCUAUAAUAGUGACACUGUAUAUAUCCGUCCGUACUUGACGAUCUUCUUCAAGGAAGACAGGGUUUACCAAUCUCCGUCUUUGAAAGCCCACAUGUCCUCUUGGAUUGUCUCAAAGACCUCAACUCAAUGACUUCCUCGAGAGGAGCGUGUUGGUUCUUAUUUUCCUGGUUAAAAUCGAGUGUAACCCCAAACAGCUGAUACAUAUUCAACCUGUUCUUCAACGUCCAGAGAGGCUGUGCCAUCGCCGCGUGUCCAUGUCCAACGGCUAAAGGACAACUCAUUACGCAGCCAAGCCAAGGGGAUCAUCUCACAUAGCAGUGCAUAUCAACGUCGCAUCAACAGCUCGUAACAUGACAAUAACUAAAACACACUAUGAUCGACUGUUGAUUGUUCCCUAUAGUAGUUCCGCAACCGAUAGUUCACUAACGUUAUCUAAUGAGAGAAAGGCCUCCGGGGGGAAGAAAACACCGAACCUUGACACAGGGUGUCGAAAUAAACUUAGUAAAGAGUCCCCUAA